AUGGAUUUCCUAGGAAAACUCUUGCAUCCUUUUGAUGAGGAAAUUAGUUGUAAUAAUCUUGAACAAUUCCUUUCAAAACCACUACUACUUAAAUUGCCAUCUCUUCCCAGUUGUGCUGACAACUUUCCUGAUAAACUUGAAUCUGUAUAUUCAAAUCCUUUUUAUGUUCCUAGGAUAUCUAGUAUCCUUGUUAAUGUCAUGGGCAAGUCCUUUAGAGAAAGUGUUGGUGGAGAAGCAUAUACUUCAAAUACUAUCAAUAACCACAUUAUGGAUAUGAUUGAUCUUGCCCAAGAGUAUGCUCUUGGUUGUAGUAAUUUCGAUUGGAAUCAUAACAAGGUUAUUAAACCUACAACUACUACCACAGAAAAUAAGAGAGUUCGACCAGAUGUCACAAUCUAUUAUAAUAGAGUGCUUGUAAUGAUUGAUGCAGAAAAAGACUUAGAUGAAUACUUUGAUUUUUGGAACCCACUUGCCUUUGGUAGAUUACCAUUUAUCAUGGCUUUUGCAGCAGCUGCAAUUCCUACAAAUGAAGAUGAGCUGCAAACCACCAUAUUUAAUAUACUUGAAAUUGUAAAAAAACUUCAUGAAAUGAAAGUUGUCCAUCAGGAUAUUUUCUGGGAAAAUAUUAAAAGACUUACAAAUGAUAGUUGGAUAUUAAUUGACUUUGAAGAAGUUGCCAAGAUUGGAGAAUUAAGACUUCCAUUAAAUAUUGCAGCUUCAGAAUAUAGAGAUGGAGAAGAUUUAUGUCAAACAGCAAAUGAUAUCUGGAUGAUGAAAUAUAUUUUAGUAUCAGGAGGUGUAAUUUCUGGAAUUGGUAAAGGUAUCUUUGCCUCUUCACUAGGACUUUUAUUAAAAACUCUUGGUUUAAGAGUGACUGCAAUAAAAAUUGACCCAUAUAUGAAUAUUGAUGCUGGAACUAUGAGUCCUAUUGAACAUGGUGAAGUGUUUGUGUUGAAUGAUGGUGGUGAAGUUGAUCUUGAUCUUGGUAAUUAUGAAAGAUUUUUGGAUGUUACCCUUACAAGAGAUAAUAAUAUUACUACAGGGAAGAUAUAUCAAAAAGUCAUCAACAGAGAAAGAAAAGGAGGGUAUCUUGGAAAAACUGUUCAAGUGGUACCACAUAUAACUGAUGCAAUUCAAGAAUGGGUUGAAAAUGUUUCUAAAAUACCAGUUGAUUCAAGUGGUCAAGAACCUGAUGUUUGCAUAAUUGAGCUUGGUGGUACAGUUGGUGACAUUGAAUCUGCUCCAUUUGUUGAAGCAAUGCGUCAAUUUCAAUUUUAUGUUGGACAUGAAAAUUUUGCAUUAGCCCAUGUUUCAUUGGUUCCUAUAGUUGGUCCAGUUGGUGAACAAAAAACAAAGCCUACUCAAGCCACAAUUAAAGAAUUAAGAUCUUUAGGAUUAUCACCUGACUUGAUUGUAUGUCGUUGUUCACAACCAUUAAACCCAGAUGUUCGAAGAAAGAUAUCAAUGUUUUGCCAUGUUGGUCCAGAACAAGUUGUUUCAGUAAGAGAUGUAUCUUCAACAUAUCAUGUUCCAUUACUUUUAUCAGAACAAGGAGUAUUGAAAUUUUUGAUUACAAGACUUAGCCUAAAUCUUAUUAAUAUCAAACAAGAACAAUGUAACCAUGGUUUGCAUCUGUUGAGAGAAUGGAUAAUGUUGACCGAAGAACAUGAUCUUCUUUCAAAACCUGUUACAAUUGCUAUUGUUGGUAAAUAUACCUCACUUCAAGAUUCAUAUCUUUCUGUUGUAAAGGCACUUGAACAUUCUGGAAUGAAAUGUGGAAGAAGACUUGUUAUCAAAUGGGUAGAAGCUACAGAUUUGGAGCAGAGCGAUGAUAAAUUGGCAAAUAAAUAUCAAGAAUCAUGGAAAAUUAUAAGAUCUGCAAACGGUAUUCUUGUCCCUGGUGGAUUUGGGAAUCGUGGCAUUGAGGGUAAAAUUGCAGCAGCAAGAUGGGCACGUGAAAAUAAGAUUCCUUAUUUAGGAAUAUGUCUUGGUAUGCAAAUUGCUGUAAUUGAGUUUGCACGUAAUGUUUAUUCAAAUUCUGAAGAAUUUAAUUCAGAUGCCAAAAAUCAAGUCAUAAUUAAUAUGCCAGAAAUUUCCACAAUUCAUCUAGGUGGCACUAUGAGAUUAGGUUUAAGACCAACAAUUUUUCAACAAGAAACUGAAUUAUGGUCAAAGAUGCGUAAACUAUAUGAGAUUAUGAAUGUGACAGAGAUUGAUACUGGGAUUGUACAAGAACGUCAUCGUCAUCGUUAUGAAGUUAAUCCUAAAUAUGUUAAAAGUUUUGAAUCAUAUGGAUUAAGUUUUGUUGGACGUCAUCCAUUCUAUGUUGGCACACAGUAUCACCCAGAAUAUCUUAGUAGACCCCUUAAACCAUCACCAGCAUUCCUUGGUUUUGUAUCAGCAUCAGCGGGAUUAACAAUUGAAUCAUUUUUAAAAAAUUAA